AUUGAGAAAACAAAACCGCGCAAAAGCCGGCAUCAUGCCGUUUGGUCAGCAGGGAGUUUCGAAAAUCGAACCCACCCUUCACACACAGAGAGAGCGAGAGGGAGAGAAUACAAGCAAGCCAAUCCUAAGUGUGUCGUGAACGAUUCGCUUGUACCGCUUUAAAACGAGUGCUAAGUAUGCGCGGCCUCCUCCUGGCCGGUCUGGCUCGGUGCUUUUUCUAGACGUUGUGAGCGAAGGAGAAAGAAAGAGACAUUGGAGAAGAAGAGAUAGAAAAAGGCGGCGGCUACUCAGAUCGGUGCCAUGGGUGACGCGCUGUGCCGCCUGCCAGGAGGUGGUAGGUGCGUUCUGUUCACUUUCAGUUUCAACCGUGCCGUCAGUCCGAUACGUUCGCUUUCAGUAACCAAUUGAAGGAAAAGUGCGAAAUUAGCAGAAAGAAACAUGAUUGUUCGAUCAGGUGCUGUUUUAUCGCUGCUUGGAGCGUUCCUGGCUGUUAGUGGAGCUCCCUACGGUGGUGGCCACGAUGAUGGCGAGUUUCGGGACAAAAAGUACGACGAACAGUUGAAACAGGUCUCCAAAGUGGGCAAUACCUAUGUGGCCGCACUGGAAAUUUACGACAACCCGCCCGAUCAGGACAAUGCCCGAAAGGAGGUGGACAACUUCCCUUCCAACAUCUACAGCAAGUACGACAAUCUGCAGCACAAAGUGAAGAGCUUUUUCGAUGCUGAGCCCAUCAUUGAUAACAUACGAGAAUCGGACAAGUAUGGUAACACGGGCGAUCAGUUUUACUUCAUCACGAAACCGUUGGUGGAAACGACCGCCAAGGUGAACAUGUUCAUCAACUCGGUGAUAGCGGCGCCCAAGAAGCUGCUCGGUGGCUUCAAGAAACAGGCCAACGAUAAGCUGAACGAUGUCGGUGCGGCAUUGGUUGGAUUGUAGUGUUAUAAAAAAGAGGAGUGUUUUCUGGUCGAAGAGGACUGUUUUUUGUGUAAGGAAUAGACAAAAAAGGUUGUAUAUACAAGGUAGUCUUAAGAUGCUUAAAGAUAGUUUGUUAGUUUAGGUUUCGUUCACGUCCUUCUAUUACCGUGAUAUGCAAAUUGCCAUCAUUUAAUGUUCGGGUAGCUACAGCCCCAAGUCACUUAUUUCAGCUAGAUUUGAAGCAUCCAAAACUAAGACAUAUGAAACUGUCCAAUAAAUUGUGCCUAAAAGCUUA